AUGACACAAGUGCUCAGUGGCGAUGAACAUGAGCCAGGCGCCGGGGGGUCUGAAAGCUUCGAUAUAGCCUUCAAAAUCGUAUUGGACGAUGACUCUGACCCUGCAUCCCCGAGAAGCAUGCCAAGUCCCCGGAAAUGGCUUAUCGUGGCAACCAUUUGUACAGCAAUUGUCUGCGUCCAGCUGAGUCAAGAAUUUGCAGCUUCGCGGCUUGUGUCUGCCACUGGGCUGUCCACUUUCGUCUUCGGUAUAGCAUUCGGGCCCUUGCUUUCCGGCCCAUUGAGUGAACACUUUGGCCGGAGACGAGUCUACCUUGUGGCGUGGCUCACCUUCAUUAUAUUCACGAUUCCGUCUGCCGUAGCGCAGAAUAUGGGCACCCUCAUCGCCACUCGCUUUUUCGGCGGGUUUUGCGGUAGCACUUUUCUAUCAGUCUCUGGGGGAACGGUUGGUGACAUCUUCGCCAAAGAUGAGUUGCAAAAACCCAUGGCAUUGGUGUCAUUGGCGUCCUUCCUAGGCCCAUCAUCAGGUCCCUUCCUCGGUGGAUUCAUCAACUAUUACCUGCAUUGGAGGUGGACAUAUUACAUCAUGCUGAUAUGGUCAGUCCUGAUCUUCCUUGCCAUCCUACUCAUUCCCGAAACGUUCCACCCGAUUGCGUGCGAGGCCAAAGCCUGCAAGCUCAGGAUUGAGACGGGAGAUAUGAGGUACUGGGCACAAUCAGAGACGACUCGCCAUUCAAGCCCAAAGACGAUAGCCCUCACUCUAUUGCGGCCUUUUCAACUAUUUUUCCUGGAGCCGAUGUGCUUUUGCUUGAACAUUUACUCGGCCAUCUUGCUGGGAAUCUUGUACCUUUUCUUUGGAGCAGUUCCUCAAAUCUUUCGUACCAACUAUGGCAUGAAUCUUUGGCAGAGUGGUCUCACAUUCCUAGGCAUUAUCAUCGGUAUGGGGUUGGCAGUUCUCACUAACCCCCUUUGGAUUCUUAUGCGAUUACGAUUGGUCGCCCGACACAGGCAAGAAACAGGCAAGGACGAUGCAAGCGAGCCAGAGUAUCAGCUACCACCCGCGAUGGUGGGAGGUAUCUUGAUACCAGUUGGCCUGUUUUGGUUUGCAUGGACGAUCCAAGGGACAAUUCACUGGUUUGUUCCUAUAUUGGGCUCCUCGUUCUUCGGCUUCGGGGUCAUCUUGGUAUACAAUGGCAUCUUCACGUUUCUAGUAGAGGCGUACAGCCCAUACGCAGCAUCAGCUCUCGCCGCAAACGGCUUCGCCAGGGCAUUUCUUGCGGUGUCCAGAUCUGACGAUGAACGAGCAGCUACAUUUCCGCUGAUUCAAAUUCCCAUGUUUGAUCAGCUUGGCUAUUCGUGGGGCACGAGUGUACUGGCAUUCCUGACUGUUGCCAUUAUGCCAUCCCCCUGGCUAUUCUUUAAAUAUGGCAAGUUUCUGCGCAGCAAAAGCAAGUUUGCUUCGACGCCUUGA